AUGGAAGAUAAUUGGUUCUACUAUUUGGCAUCAGAGUUGUAUUGCCGAAGUGGAGCUCAUUCUGACUACUACAGGGCUGCUCUCCGCUACCUUGGUUGCACAGAGGUGGAUGACAUGGAAGCGGAGGCCAAGAAUAAGCAAGCUUUUUAUCUUGGACUUGCUGCACUCCUAGGUGAUGGCAUCUACAAUUUUGGAGAACUGCUUGCCCAUCCAAUUCUUGAAGCACUGAAAGGAUCUUCAUCUGAGUGGUUAUUAGAGUUACUGCUGGCAUUCAAUCAAGGAAAUAUUAGUACAUUUGAAGCCAUGAAGCCCCAGUGGAGCACUCAACCAGACCUGUUGACUAAAGAGAACCAGUUGAGAGAGAAAAUCCGACUAUUAUGUCUAAUGGAGAUGACGUUCCAGCGCAAGGCUUGGGACCGCCAACUAACAUUUGCAGAAAUUGCCCGAGAAACAGGACUCCCAGAGAACCAAGUUGAAGUAAUGGUGAUGCGUGCACUUUCUCUUGGUCUUGUCCGUGGUACCAUUGACCAGGUAGACAGCAAAGUUAACAUAACCUGGUUCAACCUAGAGUUCUUGAACAAGAAGCAGCUUGCAUCAAUGAUGGAGAGAUUGACAGACUGGUGUAAAGAUGUCAGCAGUAUGCAGAACCUUCUACAAGACCAAGCCAGUACUAUUCUCACACUAUGAAUUAUUUAUUUCCCACUGAAGUAUGUUAUCUCAAAUACAUUUAUAUUCAUAGCUAUUUGUACACAGGUAACUUCGUACUUUUAUGUGAAUUUCUUCUGUAACUUUGUAACAUCUGCAAGAAAUUCAGAGAAGUAAAAUAUUCAGUUUUUUAAUUAGACUCUUUCUUUGGGGGGAUAGUUAGUGUUAAUCUGUUGCCUAUUUGUGAUUAAAAUACGUGCAUAAAUUUCAGUAAGCUUUUUGUGACAAAAGUAUAAUAGGAAUUGUUAAAAUUAGGAACAUUAACAAGAUUUGUUUUUCUUUGAUAAUAAAUAUAGAACAUUUGUAAUAAUUUUAUAUAUUUAUUUUUAUGAAUUAUGUGCUCUGUGAAGACUAAAAGAUAAAGAUUUUUGAUAAGCAUA